AGUUUAGAUUUGAUCCUCCAAAAAAAUACUAGUACUUUUUAAAGAAAACUAUGGCUUUAAGCAGAAGGCAUUCCUACACCCCGCGGCUGACCAGCCCACUGAUCAGCAAAAUGAGCAGCGGAGGAACAGUGGAGAGCAGUAAGCCUCCUAAGAUCGGUUCUAUCGUGGAGGUGACUGGGAAGAGUCAGCGGGGCACCGUUGCCUACAUUGGGGCCACUCUGUUCGCAUCAGGGAAGUGGGUGGGAGUGAUCUUGGACGAGCCCAAAGGCAAGAACGAUGGAACAGUCCAGGGAAAGCGCUACUUCACCUGUGAGGAGAACCACGGCAUCUUCGUCAGGCAGUCCCAGAUCCAAGUAGUAGAAGAUGGUUCCAGUGCCUCCUCCCCAGACCCCUCCGACUUGGGCUCCUCCAAGAUCUCCAGACAAAGGGCAGAAAAAGAUGUUCCAGAAACUCCCAGGACAAUCAAGCAGAUGCCUGCAGGCCUUAAGAAGCCCUCAACUACUACCUCUACCCGUCACUCAACAAAGCUGAGCACCCCUCGCCUGGCCCCAGCCUCCUCCUUGCCCUCCCUCCUGGUGCGUUCCACUGGGAGAACCAGCCUAUCCCGGACGGCAUCCCGGGAGAGCCUGUCCUCAUCCCACUCAGACAUCAGUGAAGCUGUACAGUCCGCCCCUGCACCUGCUGCACUUGCUACCCUUGCACCUGCCACCCCUGCCCCGGGCUCUGUAUCAGCCACUCCCAGCAAGGAGGAGGAGAACCUACGCACCCAGGUAAAGGACCUGGAAGAAAAGCUGGAGACCCUGAGGAUGAAGAGGAGCGAGGACAAGGCCAAACUCAAAGAGCUGGAAAAGCACAAGAUCCAACUGGAGCAGCUCCAGGAGUGGAAGAGCAAGAUGCAGGAGCAGCAGAGCGAGCUGCAGAGACACCUCAAGGAAGCCAAGCGGGAGGCCCGUGAAGCCCAGGAGGCUAAAGACCGCUACAUGGAGGAGAUGUCGGACACUGCAGACGCCAUAGAGAUGGCCACUCUGGACAAGGAGAUGGCUGAGGAGCGGGCUGAGUCUCUGCAGGUGGAGGUGGACACGCUCAAGGAGAAGGUGGAGGAGUUGUCCAUGGACCUGGAGAUCCUGCGCCAUGAGAUCUCUGAGAAAGGGUCAGAUGGGGCUGCGUCCAGUUACCACGUCAAACAGCUGGAGGAGCAGAAUGCACGGCUGAAGGAGGCUCUGGUCAGGAUGCGAGACCUGUCUGCCUCAGAGAAGCAAGAGCAUGUGAAGCUGCAGAAGCAGAUGGAGAAAAAGAACACUGAGCUGGAGACGUUCAGAACUCAGAAGGACAAACUGAGUGUGGAGCUGAAGCAGGCAGAGGCCACCAUCGACGAGCUCAAGGAACAGGUGGAUGCAGCGCUGGGCUCAGAAGAGAUGGUGGAGAGCCUGACUGAGAGGAACCUGGACUUGGAGGAGAAAGUGCGAGAGCUGAGGGAAACUGUCACUGACCUGGAAGCCAUAAAUGAGAUGAACGACGAGCUGCAGGAAAACGCCCGAGAGACAGAGAUGGAGCUGAGAGAGCAGGUGGACCUAAGCGUGUCCAAGGUCAGAGAGGCUGAGAAGAGGGUGGAGGCUGCCCAAGAGACUGUGGCCGACUACCAGCAGACCAUCAGCAAGUACAGGGAGCUCACCGCUCAGCUGCAGGAGGCCAACAGAGAGCUGGUUAGUCAGCAGAGCACCAAUGUGGAGCAGGUACACCAGCCGCCUGCUGAGCUGUUUGAUUUCAAGAUCAAGUUUGCAGAGACCAAGGCCUAUGCAAAGGCCAUAGAGAUGGAGCUGAGGAAGAUGGAGGUUUCCCAGCUGAACAGACAGGUGGCACUCCUCACGUCCUUCAUGCCUGACUCGUUUGUGCGUCAUGGAGGAGACCAUGACUGCCUCCUGGUGCUUCUACUCAUCCCACGCCUCAUCUGUAAGGCGGAGCUGAUCAAUAAACAGGCUCAGGAUAAGUUUGAUCUAAAUGGGCCCUUGGUGCAGGGCCCAGCCCUCAGGGGCCCUUCAGGAGAGCAGCGCAGCUUUGCCUCUGGUCUGGUGUACUCGCUGAGCUUGCUACAGGCCACGCUGCACCGCUACGAGCAGGCCCUGGGCUCUUGCUCAGUGGAGGUGUUUAAGCGCAUGGGCACACUCUACUCGGAGAUGAGCUUCCACGAGCGCUCUCUGGACUACUUCAUCGACCUGCUGCACCGCGAUCAGUUGGACGAGACCGUGCAGGUGGAGCCCCUUACCAAGGCCAUCAAAUACUACCAGCAACUGUACAGCGUGCACCUGUCUGAGAUGAGUGAGGACUGCACGGUGCAGCUGUUGGACCACAUAAAGUUCACAGGCAGCGCUCUGGACUGCAUGGCAGUGGAGGUGUCCCGUCUCAGGGCCUUCCUCUCUGGGGGACAGGAGAGCUCGGGGCUGGCUGUGCUGCUCAAGGACCUGGACACAUCCUGCUCUGAUAUCAGGCAGUUUUGUAAGAAGAUCCGCAGACGCAUGCCGGGGGCCGAUGUGGCAGGGGUCCCAGCCGCGCUCUGCUUUGGACCACAGGUGUCGGACACCCUGAUGGAGUGCAGGCGUCAGCUUAGUUGCGUGCUGGCUGUACUGCAGGAGGUGGCUGCGGCUGGAGCACAGGUUAUGGCUCCUCUGGCGGAGAACGAGGGUCUGAGUGCUGCUAAGCUAGAGGACUUUCUUAUCAAAGCUGUGGAGCAGAUUUAUGGUUCUCAGGGUCUGAACCCAAGUGAGUGUCUGCAACAGUCCUGCACCGCUGUUAUCACCACCAUGAACAAGAUGGCCACUGCCAUGCAGGAGGGCGAGUAUGACGCUGACCGACCUGCUACACAGACUCCCCCAGUGGAGGUCCGAGCAGCCGCAGUCCGAGCUGAGAUGACCGAUGCAGAGGGACUGGGCGUUAAACUGGAGGACAGAGAGACGGUCAUCAAGGAGCUCAAGAAGUCUCUCAAGAUCAAGGGUGAGGAGCUGAGUGAGGCUAAUAUCCGCCUGAGCCUCCUGGAGAAGAAGCUGGACACCUCCACCAAAGAUGCAGAUGAAAGAGUGGAGAAGAUCCAGACCAAACUGGAUGAGAACAUGGCUCUGCUCAAGAAGAAAGAGAAGGAGUUUGAAGAGACCAUGGACGCCCUGCAGGCUGACAUCGACCAACUGGAGGCAGAGAAGACGGAGCUGAAGCAGAGGCUGAAUAACCAGUCAAAGAUGACCAUUGACAACCUGCGCGGUGGGCCGGUGGCGGGUAUUGCCUCCAUCGUCCAGGGCUCUGCUGUUGGUCUGUCUCCAGCUCUGGCCGGGCCUGUGCAGGUGGUGGACUCUCCACUCCUCAGGCAGCAGGUGGAGGUCCAGAGACUCAGCAUCAAGCACCUCAAGAACGAGAACAACCGGCUCAAGGCGGAGAGGAUGCGGGCACAGUUGGCAUCUCUGCCCCCUCUGGUCCCCCCGAAGCUUCCAGUGAUGUCCAGAGAGCCCCCCACACAACCAGGCGGGCUCAGCACGGGUAUCUACCGGCGCACGGACCAGCUGCUGUCCACUCUUCUCAAGCUCAGUGCGGAGAUGAGAGUUGUGGACGUAACCGGGAAGACCUCUGUGAGUGCCAGUGCCCAGCUCCUGGAACAGACCGCUCGACUGCAGAGCCUCAGCGACGCUCUGGACAAACUCAAGGGAGAGGUGUCGGAGCACGUCGUCUCACAGCGACCUGGAGCCAAGGCCUCCUCCGACUUUGCAACAUUCCCCCGCUCCUCAUUCGUCAAGGCUAAGGAGGAGAGGCAGGAGGGCACUGUCCUGGUGGGCCGAGUGCAUAUCUCCUGCUCUAAAGGACAGGAGCAGGUACACAGGGUGGUCCUGAGCCAGGGGCAGCUACAACAUGUGCACCACCUGCUCAGCACCUGAACGCUACAGCAGCAAUAACACCUGGAUUUAACAUGGGAUAUAGACCAAUGCUAAUGAAGUAGUCUGUGUAGUACUUGGAAUAUUUGUCAAUCUAUUCUACACAGUGUCAUGUAUGAGACAAGAUCUUUUUGCAGUCAAUUCCACUUUGUAUUAGAUUAAAAAAUAAAGUAUGAUAUAUGGUU